AUGAGAGUGAGAAUGGACGAAAGGAGGCAUGGAGGGUGCAGACGGCGCAUAUUAGCAACCAAGAGCGACACUACCAACGCUAACCAAAACCCCAACCUCAACACCAACAGCGUCAUCAAGAAGCUUCAAUCACGCGAGGUUUCUUCCAAACCUCACCGUGCUUUUGUUGCUGCUACUGCUCCACAUAGGUUCCAGAACAUGCGUUUGACUCAUCAGUUUGAUACUCAUGAUUCGAAACACCGGGGUUCGCCGAAGCCGUUCUUGCCGUUCUUGAUGAAGAGGACUAAGAUUGUGGAGAUUGUGGCUGCUAAGAAUGUUGUGUUUGGGUUGGCUCAUUCUGGGCUUUGUGCUGCUUUUAGUAGAGAAACAAAUGAGAGGAUUUGCUUUAUGAAUGUUAGCCCUGACGAAGUCAUCCGCAGUCUCUUCUACAACAAGAACAACGAAUCACUUAUUACAGUGUCUGUUUAUGCUUCUGAGAAUUUCAGUUCUCUGAAAUGCAGAUCUACGAGGAUUGAAUACAUAAGGAGGGCUGAGCCAGAUGCUGGUUUUCCUCUUUUCCAGUCCGAGUCUUUAAAGUGGCCUGGAUUUGUGGAAUUUGAUGAUGUUAAUGCAAAGGUUCUAACAUACUCUGCACAAGACAGUAUAUACAAGAUCUUUGACCUUAAAAACUACACUAUGCUAUACUCAAUUUCAGAUAGGAAUGUUCAAGAGAUCAAGAUCAGUCCUGGCAUCAUGUUAUUAAUACUCAAUAGAGCAAGUGGUCACAUUCCACUCAAGAUUAUAUCCAUUGAGGACGGUACAGUUCUCAAAGCAUUCAAUCAUCUACUUCAUCGGAAUAAAAAGGUGGACUUCAUAGAACAAUUCAAUGAAAAGCUUCUAGUCAAGCAGGAAAAUGAGAACCUUCAGAUUCUUGAUGUACGGAGUUCUGAGCUGAUGGAGGUAAAUAAAACUCAGUUCAUGACUCCAUCAGCAUUUAUAUUUCUAUACGAGAAUCAGUUAUUCCUCACUUUCAGAAAUCGAACAGUUUCUGUUUGGAACUUCCGCGGUGAACUUGUUACAUCAUUCGAGGAUCAUCUGUUAUGGCAUCCAGACUGCAACACAAACAACAUAUACAUAACAAGUGAUCAGGACCUGAUUAUCUCUUACUGCAAGGCUGACUCUGAAGAUCAAUGGAUGGAACCCAAUGCCGGUUCCAUCAAUGUGAGCCACAUCUUAACAGGGAAGUGUGUGGCCAAAAUUAAUGCUGCGAAUUGCAGUACAAAGGUGGACGAUUGCAAUAAUACUUGCAGCUGCAAACACACUGAUUCGUCCCAAAUAACGAGCUCAGUUGCAGAGGCUUUGGAGGACAUAACUGCCCUCUUUUAUGAUGAAGACCGGAACGAGAUCUAUACUGGUAACAGACAUGGUCUUGUUCAUGUAUGGUCCAACUAA